UCUUGAAGUGACAGGGGAAAGAGAAGCCUCCAGAGCCAAAUGAUGCCGCCGCCGCCGCCGACGGACCUCCCAACAUGGGAGAUACUUCCUACCGCCGAUGGUCACUUCCAGUGGGCCGCCGCUGCCGGGGAUCCCGGCGUGCAACCGGAGCCGCCGCUCCGAACCCUAGCACGCGGAGUGGAUAGCCACCCCGAUCAUCGCCUCCCUUCCAUGGCGGAUCUCUCGACCCUAGCUCGUCCGAAGCUUCCGGAGGGUGGAGAUGGUGGCCGUGGAGAUGGAGAGAGGCUUCCGAUGUUUCGGACGGGAACCGGGAGAGCAGUUUCGGUGAGCGAGAGUUCCAUCAGGAAGGCGAGGUCUGUUCUCGGAGGAGCGGGCGAUAUGGACACAAGUGGAUCAAUAAGACAUGGGAUUGAAACAACUUCAGGUGGUCAAGAUGAUCGAUUUCCACUGUUUCGUACUGGAUCUGGGAAGUCAGUUACUAUAAAAGAAUCUUCACUUAGGAAAGCAGCAGUUGUUCUUGAAGGAAAUGGUAUAAAUAAAGGGGAUAAGGUAACUUUGGAUGUUGGUGCCAAAGAUGAGCUGUUUCCGAUGUUUAGUACUGGAUCAGGAAAGCCAGUCACAGUAAAAGAAUCUUCAAUUAGAAAGGCAGCAGCUAUCUUUAUAGGAGAAAAUAUGGAGAAAGAAUCUCCAAAUCCUCUGCAAUGUGGCAGAAACAAUCAUGAUGGGCAUGAAAAAUCAGUUUUACUCAAUCCUUCAACUGAAAAGGCACUGUCUAUUAUUGAUGGAAGCAAUCCAAAGACAGAAGAGUUGCACGAAAAUUUUAGGUGGGACAUGAAUCAGGAAACUGCUGGAACAAGUCUUCUUGACUGUGUUGAUGUGAACUCAGUUCAAAGAAGUCCAGAAAAUUGCAUCAAUAAAUUUUGUUCAACAGGAAGCUACUUAACCAAUGGUCAGCUACAGAAAACUCUGGAGCAUAAAUUGGAUUCUUCUGAUUGUGGACAGUCUCCUGUUAAGUUCCAAACUGCCGGUGGAAGGUAUGUAUCAAUUUCUAAUGAUGCAUUAAAAUGUGCAAGGAACCUUCUUGGGGAGUCAGAUAUAGAAGCUUCAGAGAACAACAUCACACUAGAUCAACCUUUGUCCUCAGUUCUAAGAAAUAAGAAUAAUCUCGACGACACAUUUUGGAAUAAAGAGAACAUCUCAUCUCCUCAUUCUCCCCAUUGUGGGGGAAUGAGCAAGCUUGUCUCAAGGACCCCACCUUCUCUUACCAAGAGAAGGCAGUUUUCUCUCACUCGGAAAAUAAAGUCUGAUAGUUAUACUCUAGAUCAGGAGAAUGCCAGAAGCUUCGCUAUGGAGAAUAUUUACUCAGGCAACAAAACACCUGUCAAUCAAAAGCCUGAAAAAGAUGACCUUCUCUCUGCUGGUAGUGCUGUUGAAAUUGUUAGAAGGAUUGAGAAUGGUGAUGGCAUGUCUUUAGGUGGACCACUGAUUGAUAUUUCGAACAUAGCUGGAGAUUGUAUGAAUAUGAAUCGGCUUCCCAACGAGAAGAGAAGACCUGGCAAAACGAGUUAUGUUUCUCCAUUUAAAAGGCCACGCAGCUCUAGAUUCAUCACUCCUUUGAAGGGAAGCACUUCUCUUUUGGCUACUGGUAAAAUGAAUGGACUGCGUUCAUCCAAACCAUCAACAACAGAAAGUAGCAACUGCGGUAGGAUAUCCACUCGAUAUCCAUUUCAACUGAAGAGAAAGAAUCUUAAGGACUUCUUUGGUGGUCCUCCAACAUGCCAAGAUUUGUCUGGAUCCCUGCCACAUGAAGUGAGCAACAUGGAUGCAGAUAAUGCUGUGACUUACAGGUUUUAUGAUGCAUUUCAUCAUGAUGAAAUUGGAUUAGAAGCCUUUCAGGGCAUGCUGCUCAAGUCUGGUGCAUCAUCAUCAAAUGCCACAAAAGAGUGGGUAGCAAAUCACUACAGAUGGAUUGUCUGGAAACUUGCAUCUUUCGAGAGAUGCUAUUCAACUCAAGUUGGAAUCAAAUUCUUAACAGUUUGCAAUGUUCUUGAGGAAUUGAAAUACAGGUAUGAGAGGGAAGUAAACUAUGGUCAUAGAUCGGCGCUAAAGAAAAUCUUGGAUGGGGAUGCAUCGCCUGCAUCUAUGAUGGUUCUAUGUGUUUCAGCAAUCCAUUCUACUUCACGACCAACAAUGCUAAAAGCAAAUGAUUCAAAUUAUCCAGAUGAAGAUAUUAAGAAACUUUAUGACAGUAGUUCAACAGUGACCAAAAUUAAUUGUCAAACUCGAAUAGAACUAACUGAUGGAUGGUACUCUUUGGAUGCCUUGCUAGAUGUAUGGCUGUCGAAACAGCUCGCUGCUGGAAAGCUGUUUGUUGGCCAAAAGCUUCGGAUUUGUGGUGCUGGGCUAUGUGGUUGGGUUGGACCUGUUUCAUCUCUUGAGGCAUCAAAGACAGUCCAUAUGCUGAUACAUAUAAAUGGGACUUACAGGGCUCAGUGGGAUGAGAAACUCGGAUUUUGCAAGAGAAUUUCUGCUCCUUUGGCUUUUAGCUGCAUCAAAGCCUCUGGGGGUAAAAUCCCCCGAACGUUGGUGGGAAUUACAAGGGUUUACCCCGUUUUAUACAAGGAGAGGUUUCCUGACGGUGCGUAUGUUGUAAGAUCAGAAAGAUUGGAAAAGAAGGCACUUCAGAUAUACAACCAGAGACGAUGUACUAUUGCAGAGGCUAUUAUGUCUGAGCAAUUGGAUGUUUUUGUCGACAUAAAUGAUGGUGAUGAAGGGGCAAAACUUUGUAAGAUACUUGAGACUGCUGCUGACCCUGAAGUUUUAAUGGCAGAUAUGACGUCAGAGCAACUAUUUUCCUUCUCAACUUACCAGGCAAAGCAAAAGGAGAUUAGGCAAUCACAUCUGCAGAAGAUGAUUGAGAAAGCUUUGAAAGAUGCUGGCGUUGCUUCAAGGGAGGUCACGCCCUUUAUGAGGGUUAGGGUGGCAGGUUUAACCAGUAAAUACUCAUGCAGAAAGGGCCGAUUCAGGGAAGGCUUGAUAACAAUCUGGAGCCCAACUGAGGAUCAGAAAGUUGACCUGGUAGAAGGAAAAAUAUAUGAUGUUUCAGGGCUUAUGCCACUGAACUUUAGUAUGGAUGUCCUUUAUCUUCAAGGUGGUGGAUAUUCCACUGUAUGGAAAAACUUGCCCUCAACGGAGGCUGAUAAAUAUGAACCAUUUUUUAAUCCUCGCAAAUCAGUCAACUUGUCAAAUUUGGGUGAGAUACCUCUAGCAAGUGAAUUUGAUAUUGCAGCAAUGAUUUUGCAUGUCGAGGAUGUUUGCAUGUCUGGACGCCAGAAAAAGCAAUGGAUUUUCAUUACAGACGGAUGCAAUUGUAGCUCAACUUCUCAAUAUCAGGAACAACAUGAUUGUUUGCUUGCUGUCAGCUUCUCGUCACCUAUGGUGGACAAGGAUCUGUUCAGCCACCACCAUGAAGGAACCGUAGUUGGGUUCUAUAAUCUGGUGAAGCGAGCGAGGGAUCAGACAAAUCAUCUUUGGGUUGCAGAAGCAACUGAAAAUUCUACAUAUUCUGUCUCUUACAACCUUCCUGGCGAUUGUCAUCUAAAGGUAGCAGCAACAUCUGCUCAUAGAUGGGCAAAAUUAUCCUACUUGACCAUUCAGAAGCUGAAGGAGAGAAUAUCGUCUAUACUUGGCCAUCAUGAAAUAUCAAGAUAAAAGUCAUUGGUUGUUCUUUUUCCAGGUUGUCAGCAACUUGAUAUCCAUGUCCUACAAGGUAACAUCAUCAAAAUCCGGUAAGCUGAAGACCAAAAGGGGACCUGAUCGUGCUAAUUAUUCAAUGGCGACGAGGCUAGCGGCUUUUGUUAAGACAGUGUGGGCUUACUUGGCUGGCCAUUACACAGGCAACCAACCAACCUGAAGAGCUGAUGAAUGUGGUUUCUUUCACCAGCAGUUUAUUACUUAGGCAACGAAGCUUGGAUCUUAAUUUCUUAUGAGAAAAAUAUCUAAAGAGUAUUCUGUCACAUUCUGAUUUUUCUUAUUUUACUCGAGGCGAUGGCCUCCAAAGAGAG